UACGACAUCACCCACGAUGACUUGGAAUGUACGCGAAUAUACAACAGAAAUUCCCACUACAACUACAAGAUAUUUGUUUUAUUGUCUUUCAUGAUGACCAGUAUUGGCUUCUUGUUUAUGGUCACCACUUUCAACGAAUGGAAGCUGAUGGAUGCGGAAAGCAAGUCGCUCAUCUACCGUGGUUGGUUCCCUUUCGAUAUAAAGGAUCCAACUUAUUUCAAUGUUGCGUACUUUUUUCAAUACCUCGCAGGCUUUUGGUUAUGCUGGUUUACAAUCAUGUUAGAUUCCCUGCUCAUUUCGAUGGUGACCUUCGCUACUGCAAGAAUUGCUGUCUUGGGAUACAAGUUCGAAAAUUUUGAGAUGUACAGUGAUGGAAGGAAUGAAUCAACAUUCCAUUGUCUACGAAAUAUUGUUACGGAACAUCAGAAUCUGAUCAGAUACGUUGAAGAUAUCCAGAAAUCCUUGAAAUGGUACUUAUUAGGAGAGUUUUUGAUCAAAUCUUAUCAUAUAACAGUGUCGCUUCUGAACGUGAUACACGCAACCAAUAAGGAAGAAAUUAUUUUUUACCAGUCCAUGGUGAUAGGGCUACUACUUCAUGUUAGCAUGUUCUACUAUAAUGCCAAUGAGUUAUCAUCAGAGAGCACAAAUUUGAGCGUGAGGAUAUUCAAGAGUAACUGGUACGACCAAAGCUCUGGAGUGGUGAGAAGUCUUUCGAUUGUGAUGGCCAGAGUGCAAAGACCACUUGUACUUUCCAUGGGCAACAUUCGAGUGAUCGACAACGAUCUGAUUGUAAACAUGAUCAAAGCUGCUUAUACGUUCCUAUUGUACCAGGAGAUCUAGAGGUGCGGCAAACGAUGAAGUAAUCGAUGAAUCUCUCGAUGGAUCUAGUAUCAAUAUACAGGGUGUCCCAGAAUAUCUAACGUUCGUAUACUCCGGGAGGUAAUUCUUCAGAUGGAAAUAAGGAAAAAUUGUCCCAUCAGCACUAGUUCGAAAACGCUUUCAGAGGACGCUAGAGCUCUUUGAAGGCAAUGAACUCAAUGUGAACACCUGGAUGGGAUCCUCUGUGAACGACAAGUG